CUUUAUUUUACGAUUGAGUUUACAAGAAGCGUAAAUUUAAUAUAAAUUUUUUUUUAUCAGAAUAAGAUAAUUUUUUAUAAAUGGUUUUAUAAUCAAAAAUUAACUGAUUUACGGGAAAACCAUGUGCAAAGUGACUAUUAAAACGAUGAAUAAAAAUUUUGUUAAAUAAAAAUUUUUCUUAAUUAACCUAUAAAAUAUAUGUUAAUUGUAAAUGACUUGCAAUAGCUGAAGUUGUUUAGUAUUCGUUACAAAAAUAAGAAAAACACAAUGUUUGCAUCAACUCGAGCAUUCUUAAGUCGUCACAGACGGAAAAUCAUAACAGGUGGUUUAAUAGCCGGUGGUAUAAUAUUACUAUCAAAAUAUGCACGAAAUAAAAUCGAAGAAUGGCAAGAACGUAAAACUAAAGAAUUUUUGGAACGUACAAGAAAAUGUCAACAUUUUGAAUCAACCGAACGUACUUGUAACACCACAAUUUUAUCAUUAUUUAAACAUUUAAGUGAUUCCAUUGUUAAACAAUUAUCCACGGAUGAACUUGUUGCAAAAUUAAAAUCAUCACCGGAAAAUCGUGUCGAAAUUUGGAAUGAAAUUAAAGUGAUUGCAUUCACACGAGUUACAGCAUUUGUAUAUGGUGCUGUAUUAUUAGUCGCUAUAUCUCGAGUUCAAUUGAAUUUAAUCGGUGGUUAUAUGUUUAAAAACACGGAUAAAGUUACCUUGGCCGUUCAAGAAAAAUAUUUUUCGCUGUGUCAACGAUAUUUAAAUGAAGGUACACAAGAAAUGAUACAAAACAUUCAACAAAAAGUGAAAAAUGUUGUAAAUAAAUUCGAUUUAAAACAAAAAAUGUCCUUACAAGAUGUCGAGCUAUUAUUUUGGUCAAUCCAAUCACAAUUAAGUAGUGAUUUAAACGAUCCCUUGUUGCGAAUAUCAGAUUUUUUAAUUGGUUCCGAUGAUAAAACGUUCGAAAAUGACGAGAUUUAUAAGAAAAUUAUUAACGAAACAUGCGAUUUAUUAGAAAGUGAUGAAUUACGAAAUGUAUGUAGUUCAAAUGUUAGUCGAAGUUUUUCAUGUUUAAUCGAUUGUAUAUCAGAGUAUUAUACAACGACAUCGAACGAAACAUCGACAUCGAGUGAAAGUUCUGGAUUUAUUAAUCCAAAUAAAGUUCAAGUACCAAUGGCGAAAUUAAUACCAAUUAUAAAUGGUAUUAUUUUAACGCCACAUUCAACGAGUGAUGGUAAAAAUUUUUCGUUUAAUAUUAUACAUGAGUUAGUGUUAAAUGAUCAAUUUAAAAUAUUAGGUGCAAAUAUUUAUGAGGCUUUCUGUGAGGAUUGUAACGUUAUUACGUCAUAAUUUAUUUAUAUUUUAUUUAUAUAAAUUGUAUCAUAACAAUAAUUCUAGAUUAAUUGAGUUUUCGUAGAAAAUCAUGGAGGCUAUAAAGAAGGAGAACGGUCGCUAUAGAAAAUAUUGUCCCCAAAAUAUGGACAAAAUAAGUGAGGCGCUGGGAUUG